CCUCUGACCUCGGGCCUGUCGCUCGCGCAUCCGGGCCCUCUCAGCGCCACACGGGGAAGAUGGCGGCAGCGGCGGCGCUCCCGGCCGAGUGGAUAAAGAACUGGGAGAAAUCCGGCAAGAGCGAGUUCUUGCAAUUAUGUCGUACUCUCUCUGAAAAUACAACUUUCAGAGGUAUCCAGCAAGCCCUGUAUGAGCUUGCAUAUCAUGUUGUCAAGGGCAACUUAAAGCACGAUCAAGCAUCAAAUGUUCUCAAUGAUAUUAUAGAACUUCGGGAUGAUAUGCCCUCUAUCCUAGCUGAUGUCUUCUGCAUAUUAGAUAUUGAAACGAGUUGCUUAGAAGAAAAAAGCAAGAGGGAUCAGUUUAUGCAAUUGGUGUUAGCAUGUUUGUACUUGGUUUCAGAUACUAUACUAAAAGAACGACUGGAUCCAGAAACUCUAGAAUCAUUAGGGCUCAUCAAGCAGUCUCAACAGUUUAAUCAGAAAUCUGUGAAAAUUAAGACAAAACUUUUCUAUAAGCAGCAGAAGUUCAAUUUAUUACGAGAAGAGAAUGAAGGUUAUGCAAAACUGAUUGCCGAGCUGGGACAAGAUUUAUCUGGAAAUAUCACUAGUGACCUAAUCCUAGAAAAUAUCAAAUCUUUAAUAGGAUGUUUUAACUUGGAUCCUAACAGGGUAUUGGACAUUAUCUUAGAGGUCUAUGAAUGUAGGCCAGAAUAUGAUGAGUUCUUUGUACCACUGAUAGAAUCCUACAUGUAUAUGUGUGAGCCUCAAACACUUUGCCAUAUCCUUGGGUUCAAAUUUAAGUUCUAUCAGGAGCCAAAUGGAGAGACACCUGUUUCUUUAUACAGAGUUGCAGCAGUACUUUUGCAACAUAAUCUAAUUGAUUUAGAAGAUCUUUACGUACAUCUCCUUCCAUCAGACAAUGCUAUCCUUGAAGAACACAAACGAGAGAUUGGAGAAGCUAAGCAAAUUGUGAGGAAGCUUACAAUGGUUGUAUUGUCUUCGGAAAAGACGGAAGAGAAAGAGAAAGAAAAGGAGAAAGAAGAAGAGAAAACAGAAAAGCCACCUGAUAACCAGAAACUUGGUUUAUUAGAAGGAAUGUUAAAAAUCGGGGAUUGGCAGCAUGCACAAAGCAUUAUGGAUCAGAUGCCUCCAUUUUAUGCCACUUCACACAAACCUAUUGCUGUUGCUCUUUGUCAGCUUCUUCAUGUGAUGAUUGAACCUCUCUACCGAAGGGUUGGAGUACCUAAAGGUGCCAAAGGGACACCAGUUCCUCCUCUGCAAAACAAGAGAGCACCCAAGCAAGUAGAAAGGUUUGAAGAUUUAAGAAAGGAAGUCUUCAACAUGUUGUGUUACCUUGGCCCACAUCUCUCCCAUGACCCCAUAUUAUUUGCAAAAGUGGUGCGUCUUGGGAAAGCUUUCAUGAAAGAGUACCAAUCGGAUGGAAGCAAACAAGAGGAUAAAGAGAAAAUGGAAUUAUUAUUCAGUUGUUUGCUGAGUAUUACCGACCAGGUUUUACUUCCUUCUCUUUCUUUGAUGGACUGUAAUGCUUGCAUGUCUGAAGAAUUGUGGGGGAUGUUCAAAACGUUUCCUUACCAGCACCGGUAUCGCCUCUAUGGACAGUGGAAGAAUGAAACGUACAAUAGUCAUCCCCUGCUAGUGAAAGUUAAAGCUCAGACCAUUGACAGAGCCAAAUAUAUAAUGAAGCGCUUAACCAAGGAAAAUGUAAAGCCUUCUGGAAGACAAAUUGGGAAACUGAGCCACAGCAAUCCAACCAUUUUAUUUGACUAUAUUCUGUCUCAAAUACAGAAGUAUGGUAAUUUAAUAACUCCAGUUGUAGACUCAUUGAAAUACCUCACUUCACUGAACUAUGAUGUCUUGGCGUAUUGCAUAAUUGAAGCACUGGCUAAUCCUGAGAAGGAGAGGAUGAAACACGAUGACACUACAAUCUCUAGUUGGCUUCAAAGCUUAGCUAGUUUCUGUGGUGCUGUUUUUCGAAAAUAUCCUAUAGAACUUGCUGGUCUACUGCAAUAUGUGGCAAACCAGCUAAAAGCUGGGAAAAGCUUUGACCUGCUUAUUUUGAAAGAGGUGGUACAAAAAAUGGCUGGAAUAGAAAUCACUGAAGAAAUGACAAUGGAACAGCUGGAAGCCAUGACUGGAGGAGAGCAGCUGAAAGCAGAGGGUGGAUAUUUUGGCCAGAUCAGAAACACUAAAAAAUCUUCUCAGAGAUUAAAAGAUGCACUUUUGGACCAUGAUCUUGCCCUUCCACUGUGCCUUCUCAUGGCUCAACAGCGAAACGGUGUCAUUUUUCAAGAAGGAGGGGAGAAGCAUUUGAAGCUGGUGGGAAAGCUCUACGAUCAGUGCCAUGAUACCUUGGUACAAUUCGGUGGAUUUUUAGCAUCCAACUUAAGCACAGAGGAUUAUAUUAAGCGAGUGCCUUCCAUUGACGUUCUCUGUAAUGAGUUUCACACUCCUCAUGAUGCUGCAUUUUUCCUCUCGAGACCUAUGUAUGCCCACCAUAUUUCAUCAAAAUAUGAUGAACUGAAAAAAGCAGAGAAGGGAAACAAGCAGCAGCAAAAAGUUCACAAAUACAUUACAUCGUGUGAACAUGUGAUGGCUCCUGUUCACGAUGCGGUGAUCUCCUUGCACCUCCCAAAGGUCUGGGAUGAUAUCAGUCCUCAGUUCUAUGCUACAUUCUGGUCACUGACAAUGUAUGACCUUGCGGUACCCCGUAGCAGCUAUGAACGGGAAGUCAAUAAACUGAAAGUUCAGAUGAAAGCUAUUGAUGACAAUCAGGAAAUGCCUCCAAAUAAAAAGAAAAAAGAGAAAGAGCGCUGUACAGCCCUUCAGGAUAAGCUUCUUGAAGAGGAAAAAAAGCAGUCGGAACAUGUGCAAAGGGUGCUGCAAAGGCUGAAGCUGGAAAAGGAUAAUUGGCUUCUUGCAAAAUCUACAAAAAAUGAGACCAUAACAAAAUUUCUGCAGUUGUGUAUAUUUCCCCGGUGUAUUUUUUCUGCCAUUGAUGCUGUUUACUGUGCCUGCUUUGUGGAAUUGGUGCAUCAACAGAAAACACCAAACUUUUCCACGCUUCUUUGCUAUGACAGAGUAUUCUCUGACAUAAUCUAUACAGUAGCAAGCUGUACUGAAAAUGAAGCUAGUCGAUACGGCAGGUUUCUGUGUUGUAUGCUAAAUACUGUAACUCAGUGGCAUAGUGAUAAAGUCACAUAUGAAAAGGAAUGUGGCAACUACCCCGGCUUCCUUACUAUAUUACGGGCAACCGGUUUUGAUGGUGGGAACAAAGCUGACCAGUUAGAUUAUGAAAAUUUUCGGCAUGUGGUACACAAGUGGCAUUAUAAAUUAACUAAGGCAUCUGUACACUGCCUCGAAACGGGUGAAUACACGCACAUCAGAAAUAUUCUGAUUGUACUGACCAAAAUCCUGCCAUGGUAUCCCAAAGUUGUGAACCUGGGCCAGGCCUUGGAAAGAAGAGUCCUUAAAAUCUGCCAAGAAGAGAAAGAGAAGAGACCUGAUCUAUAUGCUUUAGCGAUGGGCUAUUCGGGACAGUUGAAAAAUAGAAAACAUUGCAUGGUCCCUGAAAAUGAUUUCCACCACAAGGACCCACCCACCAGGAAUGCAGUCCCUGCAGCAGUGCAGAAUGGGCCGGGUGGGGCUGGGCUGCCUCCUUCGCUCACCAUGAAUGCAGCUAAACUGGAAGAAAGCACUGCUGAGGAGACCGAUAAAUUAAAGGAGAAAUCUCAGGGUGCUGUUAAAGUGAUUAAUAAAACUGCCAAUGCAACACCAAAGGUGACUACAAGCAAUGGAAACAACGCUUCUAACAGCAAAGUUAUAAAAGAAAAAGAAGAAAAAGAUAAAUGUGGGAAGGAAAAAGAGAAAGACAAAAAAGAGAAGACACCAGCUGCCACUCCUGAGGCCAAAGCACUUGGAAAGGAUGGGAAAGAUAAACCAAAGGAAGAGCGGGCAAACAAAGAAGAUAAACCAAGAGAUACCAAGGAGAAGACACCUAAGUCUGACAAAGAGAAGGAAAAAACCAAGAGAGAAGAGAAAUCAUCUAAGGAUGAAAAAUCCAAGAUUAUUGUGACCAACGCAGAGUCAAAGUCCAUUGCAGAAAAGGAGAAAGAAAAGGAACCAUCCAGAGAGAGAGAUGUAACCAAGGAUAUGAAAUCCAAGGAAAACAUUAGAGGAGGAGGCGGAGAGAAGACACCAGUUGCUGGGUCCUUGAAGUCACCUGUUCCCCGAUCAGAAACAUCAGAUUCUGAAAGGGAACAGAAACGCCGCAAAGUUGAUACACAUUCUUCUCCAUCACAUUCCUCAACAGUAAAGGACAACAUCAGUGAACUCAAGGACUCUUCAGCAAAGGAAUGCAGCAUUUAUUCCUUUGUGCAAGCAAGCACUCCAUCCACAUGCACCAACUGAAAUGGCUGCGCAGUCUUCAAGGGAGGCCCAUCACAGGGCGGGUUUACAGCAGUCCAGAGUCUUCACAGAGACACAGUUCUGAAUUAGAAAGCUAGGAUUGCUGGUGGUCUAGCCUAAAAUGGUGGACAGAGCUGGCUGAUCCAGGAGCACCUAAAAGCCGAGCAUACUGAACUUGGUGAUAACCUUCUGCUCAUCAAGAGUACUAGUGGGGCCCCACCUGUGUCCACUUCAUAACUACAGCUAAACUCUGGGAAAAUGCCAAGACAACAGGGGAUCUGGAUCUACUAGAAAGGAGUUAGGCAUCAUCAUUAUGCUGAGAGCAUUGAACUCCAAAUUAUCUCAUCAUGCAGCUUCAGAUUUACAUACUGAAAUGAUUUGUGAAGUUUGCUGCUACAAGAUGUGGCAAGAGCUUCUGGCUUAGAGGACUGAAAGGAGUUAGCUUCCUGGAGGAGGAUAGACCUGUCAGUUGCUGUUCAGUCCCGAUGGCUACAUGGACACUUCAUGCUCAGAGGCAACGUGCCACUGAAGGCCAGUUGCUGGGGAGCAGCAGCAGCAGGAGAGGUCUACUGCGUUGAAUCCUGCCUGUAGGCCUCCCAGAAGCAUCUAACCAGCCCCUGGGGGAAGCAUGAUGCUAGACCUUUGGUCUGAUCCGGCAGGGCCGCUCUCAAAUUCCCAAAAGCGUGGGGCAUGAAUGCACUGAUUUCUCAAUCGUGAUGAGGUAAUGCUGGGGCCACAUUCAUGGUUUCAUUGGGCGAGGACAAAAGCAGUUUGGGCUGGUGAUGAGGGAAGGGGUUUACAGGGGUUUUAAAGUAUGUUCAAGAAUAAAUAGCAGAAAUACUGUAAUUGGUUGUAUAUCUUCCUAAAGAAUACUCAUAUUUCUAGAAAAUGGUGGGAGUGACAAUGUACUCUCUGGGCAACUUCCGUGUGGAAGGGUACUUUGAAUAAGGGGAAGAACAAGUUGAGGAAAAUGUAACAGCCAGACUGAACAGAUGUGGAAGAUCCUUAACAAGACUGCUUAGUUAGUUUAUUUUAAUUAAAUGCAUUUGCAAGGAGGAUGGAUUUGGACUGCCUUGUUUCUAAUUUCAGUUCUCCUUCCUUUGAAGCUGUUAUUACCCCUCCAGUGCAAAACAUGCUGGUACCUGGGCAAUAGGGUAACUGCCCCUUUGGGUGUGUCUGUAUACACCCUUCCCUAGCACUGUUGUGAUCCUGAUGGAAUUUGUCUGCUCAUACCCCUGUGACUGCUGCUGUCUUCUUUUAAAAAAAAGACAAGCCUGAUCACAGUUUUUCCACAUAAUGUAAACUUUGGCUUUAGUUAACUCUCACACUGUGACUUGAGAUUUUGUCCCUUCCCUCUAUUAAAAACAAUGUAAAAGUAAUUUUAAAUAAAGAACUAAUUAAUAGGCAAUGAUAAGGUCCAUCAUGAUCUUCUAUUCACUCAAAAAGAUCUUCACUAUUUUUUUUAAAUUGCAAAACAAAAGUGUAUAUUUUACUGAAAAACUAUUGAAGAUUAUUACAUAAGCUAUAGGGUUCUUUAUCAUUAAACCCUAGCUAUUUUGAAUAACUGCUAGUAAUGAAGUGAAAUGACAGUGUUCUGUUCCUUUUUGAAAGGAACGUUACAAUUUUUUUGUAAAAAGCAUAUAAAAUCUGAGCUGUUGGUUGUUUAAAUUACAAUAAACUUAUGAUCUGUUUAAAGACCACAAGUCAAAAUUAGGUUGGCUGAACUCUAUAUUGGGAGCAUAUUUGCAUACCAGUUUUGUCUGUCAUCUUUGGGAUCUUACUGAAAAUCAGGAUGCCUUUAUAAAACAUCUUCAGCACCUUCUAUUUUGAGAUGUCAAAAGUUUUCAAAUUUGUAUGCAAGGAAUAGCUGAGGGAACCUCAGACCUGUAGAAAUAAAAUCUAAGGAUUUGGGGGCAAGAGACAAUUAUUUUAAUGAACCACCCCUUAGAGAGAUGCAUUGAUCUUUGGUAAUGUUGCCUUAAUU